AAACAUUCAAAACCUUGGACACGGAUAAAGACGGGGAAAUCUGCCUGAACUUCUUCCAGUGGAUUACUCUGACCAUGUUUGCCUAAAGAUCCUGCUGCAGCCGCGGGCCCAGUCUUUGCUGUUUCAGAAGUGCCUUCUCUCUGUUAAGUCUCCUCACCCAUGAUGCUCUCUGCUGAAGCCUUGCCAUGUUUGUUUCAUCAUUCCAGUGCCUGUAUUGGAAAUGUUUUACCAGCUUUUAUUUGCGGCUUGUUCUGCCAAAUGAACUUGUAACCGUUCACUUUCUGCAAAAAUGUAUCUGACGGCAGAGCGACUAACCGGGCAGGAAGGAAUGGAUGGGUUUGGUCUCGGAGAGCYGAGACAAAAGUUUAAAUGUUUUUCCAAAACUUGUCAGGUCUUGCAGACUGUAAGAAAGAGAAAAAGAAAAAAAACCCCGAAUAUUUUCACAACAAAGAUUUUAUGACUCUAGUAAAUUUGUAGUUGAAUAAAGAUUGCAUCUACCAGGCCAAAAAUAUCCAAAUCUAGUUGGAUUAAAAGGAACUUAAGAAUGAAUUAACUUAUUUUUAAAUGCAGGAUUUAGUCUGUUCCUAUUUUAUUUGCUGAUUUGGUAACACUAAAGGUUUUCUACAUUUGCACUGUUUUUUUUUCCUGACUCAAGCCUUCACUUAUUUUUCUUUAGUUCUCACUUACACUUAAGAGUUUAGCUCAGUAGUCAGUACUUUUUUUCCUCUGAACACUUCAGCAUCACGCACUGGAAAAAAAUUAAUGGUUGAGAGAAUCUAUGGUGCAUCGUUACCAUUUGUUUACAUGUUAGCUUUGCAAAGCACCUACUUGGCCUGAUAUGGUCUUAAUUUAUACAAGUCCGAGUUAACAGGAAUGUAGUCAAAAUAACUGGGCAUUACUUAAAAUUGUCACUUCAAGGAGUUAUUUUACAAAACCUUCUUUUUUAAUUAUCCAGGGUGUAUAAAUAAAGUUGCACUUAAAUCAUUACUUAAUGUUGCCACAAAGAAGCAAAAAUCUAGGACGUCUCAAAUAUUCAGUGAUCUGACAGUCACAUUUAUUGCCAUUUUCAGAAUUCUCCUGAAACAAGAAAUCAUGUUAGUCGCAAGUGUCUUGUUUGUUCAGAUCAGCCACGUAGCUAUGUAGCAUAAUUAAAACUUCAAAAGUUGUCUUUGCCGAAUUUCCCUAAACUGCAGUUAUUCUUGUUUCAACUCCAAGCACUGGAUAUUUGCUGGGUAUGGAAAGGUGAUUUCUGAGGAGAGGGUCUGUCAAAUAGUUGAUUGGUAGUUGGUAUCCUAUCGGCCAUGYCUUUAGUCAAAUAAGAGCACAGGGUAUGGAGAAAAGGGCAAAAUAUUUCAUCCAGGUUAUUUCAGCCAAACAAGACCCCCGUUUAUAUCACUUUACUUWGAGGAAUGUCAUGUCUCAAAAUUUAUUUAACUUCUUGUGGACUGAUACUAUUACCAGAACARUGUUUGAGAAAAUAACAGCAAAGUAAAGAAAACGUAGAUGUUUAUUAUAAGCUAAUGUAUUGUUCCUUCACACCUGUAUGCCAUUUUCURAAGAGUUGUUGAUCAGCCAUACGCUCUGAUCUGUACUGUUACCACUCAAACCCUUUGACAACCAUCACUUCAAAAAUCACCAGACUCAUUUUAAAGUGACAGUCCAGAUUCUUUGUAGUGGAAAGCAUCAGUGGAAAGCAGUUAGAGCAAUAUGAGCUUAGAAAAUCAGAGCAAUAUUGUCAUGGAGUUGAGGUAUUGACUUAGACAGAUGUUUGACUCCAUGAGAAUUUGACCUUGAUUUACUCCCGACCACUCAACUUYGCAAAACUGCUGUUUAUAGAAACAACUUUUUUGGACUUUGGUUUUUGAAGUCUGCACCAACCCUGUAUAACGAAACAGAAAGAGGGUGCAAAAUCUUAAAACCAUAUUUUAUCCAUAAUGUUCAACAAAUAUUCGAAACUUUUCGUCUUGUGUUCGUUGCAACACUGCUCCUGGUCCUGCUGUUUGAUGUUUACAACUUGUGGCCAAACUUUGCAUCCAUGAAACCUUACUGGGCCCAGCAGUUUCUGCAAACACAAUGGUGCACUGUAUCAUAAAGAAUGUUCUGACUUCUAUGUAUCUAUCCUUUUCUUUAGCUUUAUAUAUCAAUGGCUUAUUAAUUAUGCAUGGCAUACAGGACUGUUCUACAAUGUAUGGGAAAACUYUACCUUUUAAAAAGAUGUUUAUCAUGGCUGGAUUUUAUACUUGAGGAUUAUUUGUGAAUGUUCAGGGUGAAUGUGAACUAUUCUGCAAAAUGAAUGGCUAUGUUGUGUGCACGCUGUGUAAAAUGUCUCUACCUGCCAAAUUUUUGCAUUUUUGAGGGGAGUGGGGGACUUUUUUUAGCGUUAAAGUACGAAGCUUUUAUUUUUUUCAACUUUUUUGUAUUUUGGUAUGUUUUAUCAGAGUUAAAAACCAAACUUUUAAAUCUGUAUCGUGCUCUGACUUUUUUCUUUUCCUUGUGCCGUGUAAUGAUUAUGUAAUGUUUACAGGGGUAAUGCACUGGGUCCCUUUGAACCCAUUGAUCACGCCACAUGUUGGGUUACAGUGUAACUUUAUCUGUAAAACAUCUGUCAAAACUUCAUAAUAAAUCUGGAGGAACUUUUGAGCUUU